AUGGCUGCAAACAAAUUUGCAACCAUGCUGCACAGAAACACGAACAAGAUUACUUUUAUUCUAAUCUAUGCGGUUCUUGAAUGGAUUUUGAUGAUCCUCCUCCUCUUAAAUUCUAUGUUUUCUUAUGUGAUUACAAAAUUUGCAGAGUAUUUUGGGCUGAAGCCCCCUUGCCUCUGGUGUACUAGACUUGAUCAUGUUUUUGAGCCUCAAAGAGUGAAUAAGAACAUGCACAUAGAUCUUCUCUGUGAAGCCCACUCCAAGGAGAUUUCAAAACUGGGUUACUGUUCUAAUCAUCGGAAGUUGGCUGAAUCUAGAGAUAUGUAUUUUGCUAUUGAUUCAUGUUAUGAUGAACAAGGAUUGGAAAACAAGAAUGAAACUCAGAUUCUCUCUGAAGUUGAUAGAGGUUUGAGUGUAACAAUUAAGGAUUCAGAGGAAAAUGAUUCUUUCUCUGUAUCUAUGAAUGGGUUGAAAGAAUUAAGAGGUGGAGAAAACGAAAAUGUGGAAGAAAACCCGAGUAAAAUCAUGGAAGAUAAGUCUGUUCGGGUGUUUGUUGAUGAAGAUACUUCUUUUGAAGUUUCCAAUCAGCAUCUGGAAUUUUUUCUGGAUUAUAGUGGCCAUAAACUGGUUUCAGUCGAAUUGACUGAUUCGGUAAAAGGCGAAGAUUAUAAAAAUGACAAUGUUAAAGAUUACAGUUUCAGUGAUAAUGCAGAAUACACUUUGAAUUCUGAUGUUAAAUUGGAUGCUGGAAACAGAAGUGUACAAGUAGAGGAUGAUGCAGACCUUGAUUUCGAUUUAAAUGAGGAACCUGCAUUUAGUUUGCUCGACUCCAUGGACAUAGAAGAGGAUGAAAGUUCUCGAAUUUUUGACACUAAAGAAUGUCAUUUUCAGAUGGAUGUGCUUAAGGAUGAUGCAAGUUUUCAUGUAUCCCAAACUCCGUUUAAAGAUGUAAACGUAGACGAAAUUGAAGCAAAGGCAGCAAUAGAAGGGGAAAAUGAGCAUUCAGAUAUUCUUACAGAUUCUGAAGAAGUUACUCAAAUUCCAAUUAAUGAAACUGAAACUGGAACUGAAACUGAAACUGAAACUGAAGCAGAAGUCUCAAUUGGAACAGAAAUUCCUGAUUUAGAUAUAUUAGAUGAAAUUCAAAAUCAAGAAGCUAUUCCUUCGUAUGAAUGCACGCAUGGAGAUCCUUCUAUUAGUUCCACUAAUUUUUGUGAAGCAGAUAAUCACGGUGCUAUGCUUCAGGAACAGAUGGUAAAAUUGCCUCCCUUAUCAGUUCCAGUUAGUGAUCACGUGAUGAACAAUCGACCAUCGUUUAGUUUGGAACUGAAUGAAAUUGAAGAAGACAAGGUUCCUGAUACGCCUACUUCUGUAGAAAGUCUUCAUCAUUUGCACAAGAAAUUGUUGUUGCUCGAGAAAAGGGAUUCUGGAACAGAAGAAUCUUUGGACGGAAGUGUCACUAGUGAGUUGGAAGGUAGCGAGGGAGUUGUUACCAUUGAUAGCUUGAAAUCGGCACUGAGAGCUGAACGAAAGGCUUUGCAGACAUUAUAUGCUGAGCUAGAAGAAGAACGGAGUGCUUCUGCAGUGGCUGCAAAUCAAACGAUGGCAAUGAUAAAUCGACUCCAAGAAGAGAAGGCAGCAAUGCAAAUGGAAGCUUUGCAGUAUCAGAGAAUGAUGGAGGAACAGUCCGAAUAUGAUCAAGAAGCACUGCAACUUCUGAAUGAACUUAUGUUAAAGAGGGAGAAGGAAAAACAAGAGCUCGAGAAAGAGUUCGAGUUGUACAGGAAAAAGGUGCUUGAUUGCGAAACAAAAGAAAAGAUGAGGAUACUGAAGAGAAGUAAGGAUGGAAGUACUCAAAGUGGAUUUUCCUCGGCUUCUUGUAGCAAUCUAGAGGAUAGUGAUGGAUUGUCUGCCGAUCUAAAUCAAGAAGUGAAAGACGAAGAGAGUUUCCAUAGCCACCAAGAAUACGGAAACCACGAUACUCCUGUUGAUGCAGUUCUAAACUUGGAAGAAUCAUUAGCAGAUUUUGAGGAAGAGAGGUUGUCUAUUCUAGAGGAGCUCAAGGUUUUAGAAGAAAAGCUAAUGACAUUGGACGAUGAAGAGGAACAGAAGUUCGAGGAUGUCAGAGCAAUGGAAGAUGCCCAUGAUGAGAAUGGGAAUCAUUUGGAUGAAAAUGGUCAUUUUAGUGAAGAUAAUGAGCAUGCAAAUGGUUUUUCUAAUGAAAUGAUGGGGAAACAUCAUUCAAGGAGAAAAAUCCUAGGUUCAACCGGGAAGUCACUUCUUCCACUUUUUGAUGCGAUUAAUGAUGAAAACUGUGACUUUAUCCUGAAUGGGAACUGCAAUGGAUAUGAAUGCAAUGGCAACGAGAAUUCUUAUGAAACAAAGUUUGAAUUAGAGAACAAGACGCAUGCCAUUGAAGAAGAGGUCGAUCAUCUUUAUGAAAGAUUACAAGCUCUCGAAGCAGACAGAGAGUUCCUAAAGCAUUGCAUUAGCUCCCUAAAGAAAGGUGACAAGGGAAUGGAUCUCCUUGAAGAGAUUUUACAACAUCUUCGUAAUCUACGUAAUGUUGAGCUUCGAGUGAGAAAUUUGAGUGACAGUGAUACACUAUGA